AUGCACAUCUUCCUCAAGACACUCACCGGCAAGACCAUCACCCUCGAAGUCGAGAGUGAUGACAGCAUUGACGCGGUGCGCCUCAAGGUGCAGGAUAAAGAGGGCAUCCCGCCCGACCAGCAAAUGCUGAGCUUUGCUGGCCGGCGGCUGGCCUCCUCCACCUUCCGCCUCUACGGCGAGCCUCUCCCCGUCAACGCGCCGCUCAAGGACAGCCUCGAGCUGGUGGCCGCCUUGAGCACGGUCGAUGUAGGCACCUCGGUGCAGCUCUACCUGCCCGAGAUCGAGGUGGUGAAGAAGGGGCCGUGCAGGUCGUGGGAGUCGCGCCGCUUUAUCUCGCCCGACCCCGAUUCCCGCGAGGAGGAGUACGACCUGGUGCGCACCAUCCCCGCCGAGUGGCGCACGGUGUCGCUCGAGGACGGCGCUACUACGGUGCGAUCGGUGAUGAGCGCAAUCGAGGCCGAGUACCGGGAGAAGUACAUCCCCAAGCCGCUCCUCACCGCCCAGCAAGCGGCGGCCCAGGAAUACAACUGCCCGGCGUGCACGUUCACCAACCCGAGCACCAGCGCAUGGUGCGCCAUGUGCGUCACCACCAACCCCGCGCCGGCCGUUGAGGGAGGAGGUGUAUACGCGCUGGUGAUGCAGAAGCGCCGAGGCCCCCAUGAGGUUCCUAUGCUGGUCGACUUCACGAGCCUCUACACGCACCACAAUGAUGGCAUCGACACUAAGUGGCAGCAACCACCCUGCGAGGCCAAGGUGAUCGUUUCGCUGGAGCAGCCGGCUCACUGGGACAACGAGGGCGAACGCAUGCGCCUCAGCGACUACAACAUCCAGAAGGAGUCCACCGUCCACCUCAUCCUCUCCCUCCGCGGCGACUGA